UAUACGUGUGUCCAUUAUUUUCAAGUAAUAACGUUUAAUUAUUUAUUUACAUGAUAUAACGCUAUACAAAAGUGUUCUGUGCGUGAAGUGUAUUGCGAUUAAUGCCGUGGGGGAUCGGUUCUCGUUGGCGGUACACACGAUAAUCGUAUAGACGCGAACAAUCUAUGACUUACAGACCUUCGUUUCACGGAGUUCUUUUGCUACCUCAUAAAUUGUUUACAAGUUGUUCACGCUGCUUUACGGUUAAGCAGAGCCUUCAGAACGUGCUAUUUGCGCUAGGAGUACAAUUUCCUUUUCAGGAAUCGUCCGCGACCUUUGGAUGGACGUAAUGCAUCCUUCUUAGAAGCAUUUGCGCGUUUUAUAACCUGACAACACGUUCGAAGUUUCACUAACUUUAUCAUGUCAUUGCAUCUUUGACAAAAUAUUAAGUGAUCUAGAACAGGAUUAAUGAACUUCAAAAUGUGGUCAUCACAAGGUACUAAUUCAAACACAAAAUCUUCAAAUGAGGGUAAUCUACGCACGUUGGGUAUGACAUCUGCUAUUAGUGUAGCAGCACCAAAGCCCAGCGAUCUCACUAGAACGAAUGAAUUAAAAGAGACAUUAAAGCCUUAUAAUGUGUUUGAAUCGGAAGAAGAGUUGAAUCACAGAAUGGAAAUUUUAAGUAAAUUAAAUGCUCUGGUGAAGCAAUGGAUAAGGGACACAAGUAUCGCCAGAAAUAUGCCACCCAAUGUUGCUGAAAAAGUUGGCGGUAAAAUAUAUACUUUCGGUUCAUAUAGGUUAGGGGUACAUCACAAGGGUGCUGAUAUUGAUGCCCUAUGUGUUGUACCGCGUCACAUCUAUAGGUCGGAUUAUUUUUCAUCCUUCUUUGAGUUACUGAAAAUGCAAGAAGAAGUUACAGAUUUAAGGGCAGUGGAAGAGGCAUUUGUACCAGUUAUAAAAAUGAACUUUGAUGGUAUAGAAAUUGAUAUGUUAUUUGCGAAAUUAGCUCUUAAAGAAAUUCCUGAUUCUAUGGAUCUUAAGGACGAUAUGCUUCUGAAAAAUCUUGAUCAGAAAUGUGUCAGAAGUCUUAAUGGUUGCAGAGUAACAGACGAGAUACUGCGUUUAGUACCUAAUAUAGAAAAUUUUAGGUUGGCACUUAGAGCUAUUAAAUUGUGGGCAAAACGACAUGGCAUAUAUAGUAAUGUACUGGGAUAUCUAGGAGGUGUAUCUUGGGCAAUGUUGGUCGCAAGAACAUGCCAACUUUAUCCAAAUGCGGUUGCAGCAACAUUAAUAGAAAAAUUUUUUCUUGUAUUUUCUCAGUGGAAGUGGCCACAGCCAGUCCUUUUAAAACCACCAGACAAUGUCAAUUUAGGCUUUCCAGUUUGGGAUCCAAGAGUAAAUAUAUCGGACAGAUAUCAUUUGAUGCCAAUCAUUACACCUGCAUACCCCCAACAAAAUUCAACUUUUAACGUAUCAGUUUCAACAAGAACUAUCAUGCAAGAAGCAUUCGAAACAGGAUUAUCAAUAACAGAAGAGAUUAUCAUGGGAAAGGCAACAUGGGAUAAGUUAUUUGAACCUCCAAAUUUCUUUGGAAAAUACAAGCAUUACAUUGUAUUACUAGCUAGAAGUCAAACUGCAGAAGAUCAACUUGAAUGGUGUGGGCUAGUCGAAUCAAAAAUACGUCACUUGAUAGGUACACUGGAAAGGAAUCCACAUAUAACAUUGGCACAUGUAAACCCAGAGGCAUUUCCACCGUUAGAACCAGAACCGGAAGGGCACUGUUCCAUGUGGUUCAUCGGCUUACUAUUUGCCAAAAGCGAAAACUUAAAUAUUGAUCUGACUUAUGACAUAAGAUCCUUUGUGGAUUCAAUCCAGAGGCAAGCAGAACAAUUAAGUAUGUUGAAGGAAGGGAUGUGGAUAGAAGCCAAACACGUAAAGAAGAAGGAUCUACAUAACUACGUUUUGCCUAGUUUGAUCAAACGAGAAAGAAAGGUAUCUAGCAGUGUACAUAAAAAUGGAAACAUUGCUGGUAACGGAAACACUGGCAGUAUCUCACCACGAAACCCAGGAGAUGCAGCGAAUAGGAAGAGAUUAUCGGAUCAGAAUCCGGAGACGUGCGCCAAGAAACGAAGGGUCGCCGAUGGCGAACAAGUUACACAGGGUGAAGAUGGAUCGCUAGUGGUUCAAUCUUGUGGAGAAGACAGCAAUUCCGGAUUUAGCUUGGAUGAAUACAAACAAACAUUGACAACUACUAAGGAUGUAAGACAUUGUACAUAUAAUGAACAGUAAACAGCAUAGAACAGAUUAGGAUGGGCCUACUGGUGCAUCUACGGUAGCGCAGGAAGGAUACGUUUGCACUUGACCACUGCAGGAUUACUACCUCACGUCGAUCCACAGAUGCUCUUCUGGGCCAUCCAGACUGUAAUCAAAUCUCAUGCAAGCAUCCACUGCCCACCGUAAGUCCCCCGUUUCGUAAAACACAAAGCAACGUGAUGCGUUGGAGAGAGCUACCCGUUGGAAUCAAUCGGUGCACGACUGUGUGACAGACGCUCUAAUUUUAAUAUUUCUAAAUAACAUCAACAGUCAAUGGGAACAAUUACGCCACGAAUUAAUGAUUGUGCCAGUGUCUGUGAUGUUACUUUUUAUUGUGAGCCGCACAGCAGAAAACUGGGAAUUCUUAACGGAAUGAUUAGAAGUAGUACGGCACUUAAAAAUCCAUCAUUAUCUGUAAGGUUAAUAAUUUUAUUUUUAUAUUUCCUUUUGUACAUAUCGCUUA